UGUAGCGGUACUGCUCCAUUUACCUACGAAUUUAUCUACGUUUACCACCCUUUUCCCCCUGUCCAUAUGUAUUGCACUGUACUCGAUGUAAUGAUACAUUGUUGCUUAGUUCAUGUAUGUUCGUUAUGUAAUAAACGUCUUAUCAUUGUGCGUACUCUCGUGUAUACAUUAUUUAUCACAAGUGGCGACCGUGACAGUGAUUUUUUUUUUUUUUCGUGUAAUUUUCGAGAAUAUUUUUUUCCAAAAUGACUGGUGAAGCUCAAGCGAUCGUAGUUCCGAAAGUGGUUCGAUUUACCUUGCCUAGUUUUACCCCCAGUGACCCUAAAACGUGGUUCGCAGCGGUUGAGCAUAUUUUCACCGCAAACGAGAUCGAAGAUGAAGCAGCAAAAUUUUCGAACCUGCUCCAGCACCUCGAGUCAGACCAACUUUCCUACAUCUGCGAUGUGAUCAGCAGUAAAACUGAUAAAAAAAAGUUCUCUUCAGCUCGUGAUAAGUUAACUUCCGUCUAUGGUCAAUCCAGGUCUCAAGAAAUCUCGAAACUUUUACAAGAUACACACGUCGAAGAAGGUCUAAAACCGAGUAUCGUCCUUGGCAAGCUUCGUACCUUGGCAGGUGAGAAUUUCGAUAAAGACUUAUUGAAGAGUAUUUGGUUAAAAAAGUUGCCAAAACGUACUCGCGAGUUUUUGGCUGUAAGUGAGGCAGGUAUUGACGAGCAAGCCAAGCUCGCCGAUCGUUUAUUCGAGACAUACGAAUCCAACGGGUUUUCCACUGCCUCGGUUCAAUCUGCGAACGUACUUGCUACGCAACAAGCAUCGAGUGCCGCCCCUCCCCCCGCCAAUACGACAGCUUCUAAUGCUACGAACGAGUUGCUGUUAUCUAUGCUACAAAACUUGCAGGCGCAAGUGAAUGAAAUUGCAAAAGAAACGCGUGAUAGCCGCUCGCGUCAUCGUGAACGUAAUCGUUCUCACAGCCGCAGCCCCACACCUCAUCGUCCGCGUGCCCGUUCGUAUGAUAGGGGCAGGUCAGCAUCGCGAAAUCGCUCUUCUGGUCCAGAGAUGAUUGAUGGAAUUUGUUGGUAUCAUACCACGUUUGGUGAAGGGGCGCGAAAGUGCGCACCUCGUUGUAAAUACCAGUAUGAAAAAAACGAAUAGACCCUGCUGCCGGGGUGACGAGCCGGACAGCGAAGGUGCCUCGAUCGUCGCGACUAUUUAUAUACGAUCGUAAUACUCACCUGUAUUUUUUAGUCGAUUCAGGCUCCGAUGUCACCGUGAUACCAAAAAAAUACGCAAAAACAGUGGUACCUGCCGAUUAUACCCUACGAGCCGCCAACAACACUCCCAUCCAAACCUAUGGGUUAUCGGCACUGCAAAUCGACAUAGGUUUGCCAAAAAAAUUUCUCUGGAAUGCGGUGGUUGCCGACGUGGAUGUACCUAUACUCGGUGCCGAUUUUUUGGACCACUAUCACCUUCUUAUCGAUCUCAACAAGCAACGCAUUUAUGAUGGUUCGACGCUGUGUAGUGCAAUUUGUGCAAAACGAUUUUCUACUUCCUCUUCAAUCAAUCUUGUACACACAGCAGAUGACGAUCCGCGUGUCCAGGAGCUACUCAACGAAUUCCCAGCACUCCUGAGACCACCUACAUAUCACGAGAAACCCAGUCACGAUGUUGUCCAUUACAUUUAUACCAAUGGUCCUCCAGUGCAUGACAAAGUGCGGCGUCUGCGGCCUGACAUCGAGGCCGAGGUCCGGCAAGAAUUUGAUAAAAUGGUGGAGAAUGGCACUUGCUCUCCGUCCUCAAGUGAUUGGGCCUCACCCCUUGUGGUUAUCAAAAAGAAGGCAAUUCGUAUUGCUGGUGACUAUCGCCGAUUAAAUGAGAGAACAGUUCCAGAUAGGUACCCACUGCCUGACUUACGUGAUGUUACGAA